UCUCCCUUGCAACCAACAUUCACUGUUCCUCUUCUUCAUGUAAUACAGCGUUUGUGCUCCUCCACCCGUCCUCGUGGGGCCAUUUAAGCUUCUGCACUUUUUUUGUAUUUUCAGUUUCGUUCUCCUACCCUAUUUAUUUGAAGCACAGUUUGCUUCUCCCCCGAAGCAUCUACCUCGAGUCUCAGUUCCCUUUUAUGAACUCGAGUGAACGAUGAAAGAUUAUAACAUCAACAAUAAAAAUAAUGACAAGCAAACUGGGAACUGGGAUCUGGAGCGUUAAAAUUUAGUUUGCCACGUGUCACACAUCAGUGAAACAAACUGGGAACUGGACAAUUUGUGAAUCGGAGCAGAUCUGCAUCCACAGUAGUAGUAGUAAUGAUAAUCAAAAGUUCACUUUUUAGAUUCAUUGAAAAAGUGACGUAUCUGGUUUACAUUAUAGUUCAGAUACAUAAAUUAUUCGAUGAAUCUGAAAAGUUGAAUUUUGCUUAUAAUUAAAAAUGGAGGGAGUAACUAGUAGUAGUUGUGAAUAAUGAAUGGUAUGACUAGCUAUAGCUGUAAAUUUUGUGAGUAAUGAAUGACCUGCCUAGUUAGCUUUAGCUAGUCAGUAGUACCGUCCUUUCUCAGUUUUGUUUUGAACCAUACAUUGUAUUGUGGAUAGCUAUUUAGAAUUAUACUUAAAAACUGUACGGUAGUGGAUGUUGUAAGAUAGUACAGUAGACCAUAAAAGAACAAUCUUAUAAGGCAAAGAACAAUCUCAUGGUUGACUACAUAACACAGGUAAAGAACAAUCUGAUCUGAUGCUUUUGCUUGCUGUAGAAUUUUAUUUUGUACUCAGCAUUUGCAGAUUGGAAUCUCAUGGUUAAUCAUUCAUUUAUUCAUAAUUUUGUCUUUAAUUGCAGAUUAAUUGGUGAAAGAUCAGGAUAAUUAUUCAUAUACAUACAUACUAGCUGCCUACUUGAGCAUGCAUGGGCUGAAAUUAUAAGAACAUGAAUUGCAAUGAAAUUUACUCCUUAUUCUCUAGAUGCUAGCUGAUGCAGAGAAAGGAAAAGAUUGUUCAAUAGACUUGAGAACCGUGGGAUCUGUGGGGAUGGGGACAAAUAUUCCUCCGUGGGGAUGGGGAUGGAGGCAAAAUCUCCCCUGCGUGCACUUUGGGGCGAGGAAUGGGGAAGCUUCCCCGCACAUUCCCGCCCCGUUGACAUCCCUAGUUGUUACUACAUAAAUUUGUAUAUAUACAAGAUAAGAUGCAUGAGCAUGAGAACUAAGAAACCAAACAGCUGUUAUAUAGUGUCUUCUGUUUUUGAUUGCUGCACAACUUGAAUUGCAGCCAGCACUGUCCUAUUCCUUUGAUACUACCUAACUUUGAGCUAUUGAAAUUUAUUUAGAUGGCGAGUUUCCUUACUGAUUUGGUGAAGCCAUAUGUGGAGAAAUUGAUAAAUGGGGCAAUCACAGAAUCAAGUUAUAUAUGUUGUUUCACGUGCAUUGCUAAGGAUUUUGAAGAUGAAAAAACUAGGUUUGAAGUAGAAAGGACAACUUUCAAUCAACGCGUUGAUGUGGCAACUAGAAGUGGGGAAAAUGUUCAAGCUAAUGCUCUUUUAUGGAAAAAAGAAGCUGAAGAGCUCAUUCAAGAAGACACCAAAACAAAACAAAAUAUUUUUUUUGGAUUUUGUUGUGACUGCAUAUGGCGAUAUAGAAGGGGAAAGGAACUGGCAAAUAAGAAGGAGCAAAUAAAAAUUUUGAUAAAAACUGGAAAGGAACUUGCAAUUGGACUCCCUGCUCAUCUUCCAGAUGUUGAACGUUAUUCAUCCCAACACUAUAUUCCCUUUGAAAGUAGGGAAUCCAAAUACAAAGAGCUUUUGGAUGCACUGAACGAUGACAAAAAUUAUAUAGUCGGGUUGCAAGGGAUGGGGGGCACAGGAAAAACUACAUUGGCCAAAGAAGUGGGCAAGGAACUUAAGCGGUCCAAUCAAUUUACUCAUGUUAUCGAUACGACAGUGUCAUUUUCUCCUGAUAUUAAAAAGAUUCAAGAUGAUAUAGCUGGACCCUUGGGAUUGAAUUUUGAUGACUGUAAUGAAUCAGAUCGACCCAAAAAACUAUGGAGAAGAUUAACCAAUGGUGAGAAGAUUCUUCUAAUAUUGGAUGAUGUGUGGGGCGAUAUUGAUUUUAAUGAUAUAGGGAUUCCACACAUUGACUAUCACAAGGGUUGUAGAGUUUUUGUAACUACGCGCUAUCUGUGGGUGUGCAACAGACUAGAAUGCAGUAAGACAAUCCAACUUGAUCUCUUAUCCGAAGAAGACACAUGGAUCAUGUUCCAAAGGCAUGCUGGUCUAAGUGAAAUUUCAACAAAAAAUUUGCUCGACAAGGGCCGUAAAAUUGCAAAUGAAUGUAAAAGAUUACCAGUUGCAAUUGCUGCUAUUGCCAGUAGUUUGAAGGGCGAACAACGUCAGGAAAAGUGGGAUGUGGCCUUAAAUUCCUUGCAGAAACAUAUGGCCAUAGGCGGUGUUGAAUCUGUUGAUAACGAUUUGGUUGACACUUAUAAAUGUUUAAAGUUUAGCUAUGAUUAUCUCAAGGACGAAAAGGCCAAGAAAUUGUUCCUUUUAUGUUCUGUAUUCCCAGAAGAUGAAGAAAUCCCUACUUAUAUUCUAACCAGACUUGGCAUAGGAGUCGGCCUAUUUGAGGGAGGUUAUGACAAAUACAACAAUGCUAGAAAUCUAUUAGUUGUAGCCAAAAAUAAACUCCUCGAUUCAUGUUUACUGUUGAAGACAGAUGAAGGAGAUGUAAAAAUGCAUGACUUGGUUCGUGAAGUUGCCCAAUGGAUAGCGAACAAAGAGAUUUUAGCAGUAAAUUUUUCUAACAAAAAUCAAAAGUCAUUGGUUGGAAGGAAUAAUAUCAAAUACUUGUUAUUUGAUGGCAGUCCAAAUGAUUUGUGCCCCCCUAUGUUUGAUGGUUCUAAACUAAAGAUUCUGAUUUUAAGCAUGGUCACAGGUUGCUUUGUGGAUUCAUUCUUUGAAAAUAUUGCAGGGCUUCGAGUUUUGAUAUUAAUAUACAGAGGUGAAGAAAUAACUAUAUCAUUACCACGAUCAAUUCGGUCAUUGACUAAUAUUCGUUCUUUAUUAGUUAAAUGUGCGAAUUUGGGUGACAUCUCUGUUUUGGGAAACUUGCAAAGUCUUCAAACACUUGAUUUGAUCUUUUGUAUGAUUGACGAACUUCCACAAGAAAUUUCAAACUUGAAGGGACUUAGAUUGUUGAACUUGGAACUCUGUAGUAUUGAAAAUAAUAAUCCAUUUGAAGUUAUCCAGAGAUGCCCAUCCCUUGAAGAAUUGUAUUUCUGGAGUAGUUUCAAUGAUUUUUGUCAGGAAAUAACCUUACCUACAUCUACAUUGGAAAGGUAUCAUCUCACUGAUACAAUUUCCGAUUCUUCAGGAUCAAAAUGUGUGUCUCUUUAUAAUGAUUAUUUGUCAGAAGAAACAUUUAAACAUGUGAUGCAAACAGCAGAGCAUCUUAAGUUGAAAAGAAUUAAGAAGGGAUGGAGAAAUAUUAUGCCUGAAAUUGUUCCUAUAGAUCAAGGAAUGAAUGAUCUAAUUAAGCUUCAUUUGAAUGAUGAUUCACAACUACAGUUCCUCGUAGACACGAAACAUAUUGAUUCUCAAGUACCAAAUGUAUUUUCCAAGUUAGUUGUACUAAAGCUCAAUGAAAUGGAAAAUUUGGAAGAAUUAUGCAAUGGUCCCAUCUCCUUUGACUCUAUGAACAAUUUAGAGAAACUAACUAUCAAGUCUUGUGGAAAUUUGAGAAGUUUGUUCAAAGGCAAUGUAAAUCUCUGCAAUCUAAAGACCGUGAAAAUAGAAGCAUGUCCCACAUUAGUUUCUGUUUUUCAUCUGUCACCUUCUGGAAGCCUGCCGCUGUUGGAAGAAUUGAAUAUAAGUGAAUGUGGUAACUUGAAAAACAUAUUUACAUCUGAAAGAGUGGAUGGCGCGAUUGAAGUUAAUGGUGAUAAUGAUAAUAACAAGAGCUGCAACUCAUUGUUUCCAAAGCUCAAAGUUGUCAAAAUAGAUCAUUGUGAUAAGUUGACUUACAUAUUUGAGCAAGAAGUCAAACUGGAUUCACUAAUAGAAUUGGAGCUAAAAUGUGUGUCAAAUUUUAUCGGCAUAUUUCCAGAAUCUUAUCAUUCCAUUGAAAGGUCAUCUAAUUCCAUUUCCAAGCCACAAACAGAAUUGCAGGUGAAGCCAUUGAAAUCCAAUAUUAUAUUCUCUUGGAGUCAUAUAUGUUGUUAUAGAUACAAGUUGAAGGGUGCCACAAGUACUAAAGUCCCAUUGGUUAGUCAGGAUCAGCCACAAGCCUGCUCAAUCUCCACGGAAACAAGUUCAUAUUGUCCUAACAUAUGGGAACGUGCUCAAUGUCUUUCAAGACUAUCUCAUAUCAUUUGCAAUAUUAAAGUGAUCAAACUGGAGCGACUUUCAAAGAUAAAAUCAGUGUUUAUGUUGUCUAUUGCACCAAAAAUGUUGUCGUUGGAGAGCUUGACUAUUAUUGGUUGUGAUGAAUUGGAGCACAUAGUAGUAGACAUUGAAGAUGGGAGUGGUGGAAAUGAAUUGGGCAAUGUCUUCCCAAAAUUAAAAGAGCUCAAUGUUGAAAAAUGCGGGAAAUUGAAAUACAUAUUUGGGCACAUUAAUGCUAGUGAUGAUGAUCAUGAUCAAAACAACAAUGAAAUUCAACUUCAUCUUCCAGCAUUGAAAACUCUCAAGCUUGUUGAUCUCAAAAGUUUAAUCGGCAUGUCGCCCAAACAAUAUCACAUAACAUUUUCACCUUUGAAAGAAGUUGAACUCAAAGAAUGCUCUCAGGUUGAUGUUAAAUCUAUUGGUGAUUUUACCUUCCUUGCUUCAAUUUCAAGAUAUCAGGACAGUACAACUAUCAAGGAAUUCAGUGGGAACAUGGAACAUCUUCUAGCUUUGGAAAUGCUCAAUGUAUCUAAAUCCAAUGUAGAAAGUAUAGUAUGUCUCAGUGAAGAAAGUGAGCGGCAGAUAAACUUGGGGUUGCAAAACAUUAUUUUGCAUAAUCUACCUAUGAUGAUAUAUCUUUUUAUGGGUCCUAAAAAUGCAUUUGCCCUCAAAAACCUUAAAAGUAUAACCAUCUCUCAAUGUGAAAAAUUGGAAAUAGUUUUCUCCACCUCUAUUCUAAGAUGCCUAUCACAGUUGUCUCAUCUAAGAAUACAAGAAUGCAAUGAGUUGAAGCAUAUCAUUGAAGAUGAUGAUGAUAUUGAGAAUCAAGGAAUGUCAAAGACAUACUUCCCAGUGCUAAAAACCCUUGCAGUAGCAAUGUGCAAUAAGUUGAAAAGUGUCUUUCCGAUCUCCAUGAAGAACGAGCUUCCUCCUGAGUUAAAGGUUAUGAUGAUAGGUGAAGCACAUGAACUGAAAGAAAUAUUCAAAAGUGUAGGUGGUGAUAAUCAGAAAGUUGAGAUUCCAAAUCUGAAAGCUGUAGUAUUUGUCAACCUACCAAGCUUGUGCCAUGUCCAGGGAAUUCAAUUUCAGGCCGUAGAAAUCCAUUACAUAAAGAAUUGUAAAGAAUUGUCUCCGACAUCGUUAACAUCUAGCAGAAAUUUCGAAGCGUUUGGAAUAGCUGGCAUAGAUCUUGGUGUGCGUGUGAAUCUGAAUGGUCUAUUUAGAAAAUUAGAAUACAUGAUGGCAACAUCUUCACAGAAAGAAAUGAACCGAACACCAGAGACAAAGCAUGAAUUUAUUGAAAAUGUUCCUGAUUUAGAGAUACCAUCAGUGACAACAUUACCAACAAAUUCCCAAGAGUUGACAAGUGAAGAAUCAACAAGUCAACACUUACUUGGAGAAAUUGAUACUACCAUCAAACUUUCUCAAGGAGACUUUUUGGAAGGUUCUAUGUCUACCAUUUCAGAAACAAGGAAUGUGCCACCUAUACAUUUAGUUGAUCUUAAACAAAAGGGUAUUCAGGUAAGCGUUGAAGAAGGAACUGCAUCAACUAGUUAUGCCAACACAAUAACAUCAUCAACUCAUUUAGAAUCAGAAUAUGGUGAUGGCCAAAUAGGCAUACCUUUUCCAGUUUCAACUACAGAUUGUCUUAACAUCGCAGAUGUUAAUCUUGGAGACUCACACGAAACAACUCAAACUAACAAUCAAGUUUCUCUAAAUGAUAAUGCUGCCAUGCAAGUAAGCUCAACUAUUCAACAACAGUUUCAUAAAGAUGACGGAAUAAUAGUUUCUGGUUUAGAGAUGCCAUCAGCAGUAUAUUCACCAACAAACUCACAAUUGGAGGGUUCUACAUCAGAAAAAACAACAGAAGCAGCAACCAUGUCUACUACUUCAGAACUAAAGAAUGAGCCAGAUGGUAUGAAGAUAAGUGUGGAAGAUGGAACUACAUCAGCUAAUGCCAAGACAAUAACAUCAUCAACUCAUUCAAAAUCAGUGAGUUCAUCAUCAGGUUUAUCAACUACUUCUAAGUCGGAAACAUCUUCACCGGAAGAUGGAGAUGGCAAAAUAUCCAUACCCUCUUUUUCAACUGUCAAUACAAAGCCUCCUGCCACCAAAUAUGUUGAUAUUGGAGACUCACAGGAAAUUAUUGCAAUGGAAGACAUUAACAUGCUGAUCGAAGAAGACCCACUUCUUGCACUUCUUGCACUUGAGAAGCUUCUUACAGGACAAGUCUCGAUUUCCUCCGCUCGAGUUUUACUUCAAGAAUUGAAGACUUUGAUGGACUCAUCAUCAGACCUUGACCAUCUUGUAUCUAACCAAGAGUCUAUUACAAAAUUGAAUUCUCUUUUUCAUCGAUUGAAUCAAUAUCAAGGGAUGUUAACUUCUGACUUGAAGGACUUUGUUGAGAAGGUUCAGAACUUCUUCAAUGAAAACAUUAUCAGACACGCCACUGCUCAACAAGUACUCAAGAAGCACAACCAACUUCUUGAUUCGAAAACUGAUCUCAUGAACAAGCUUUGGAGUGUAAAGAGUACACAAACCCACAUUGAUAGUGAAACUUCAACUACCAAUGCUCAGAUACAUGAGCUCUCUUUACAAAUUGAUGAACUGACAAAAAGGUUGGCAGAUCUUGAGAAUCAAAGAGAUAGUUUGAAGUCGGUGGCAAACAAAUGUGAUGUUCAGAAGAUGAAGUUGAAGGCCGAAUGCACAGAAUUGGUCCAACAAAGUAAAAAAUUCUUUUCUGCACUUGCUUCAUCAGAGGUUGACCUAAGAGAAGCUGAGCAUGCGAGGGAUUUGGCAAAAGAAGGCUUUGCAAAUUUAAAAUCAUCAUUUCCUAGACUUUAGGAAGGAAUAAUAAGUUGCAAUAUUUUCUUAUGCGUGUGUUGCAUGUAAUAAUAUUUUUUAGUUUGAACUUUGUGUCGAAGGAUAUGUUUGUCAUAUUUCCUAGACUUCAAUUUUUUCAUGCUUAUGUUUGUGGUUGCUCUGUACUCUUUUUUCCUUGCCAGGUUUUAUCCCUCUGGGUUUUCCUGAAAAGGUUUUUAAUGAGGCAGAUGUUGAGUUCUCUUAGUUAUUCUGACUUGGGUUUUGGUCUAAUCCCCCAAGUGCUUUUGUAUCUUCCUUUUUAUUUAAUAAUAUUUUUAAAGUGCUGCAAAUGUUAUGUUUUGGUUUGUCAUGUUGGCAGCUAAGGGGUGCCAAUUUAGUUUGGAUAUCUUGGU